GCUAUGUAUUUUUAAAGAUUUUUUUUGUAAUCAACGCGAAGCGAAAAGAAGGAAAUCCUCCCAUUAUUUAUCCACAUUUUUUUCUCCUUUUACACAAUUUAAUUUUUAAAAAAUGUCUAAAAAAUAUAAAAAUAAGUCUCUCUCGGAACAAGUAUCGGAAAAUUUAAAUCGACAUCUUAACAAUUCGGACACAUCGUCGGAGGACGAAGAAACACCCAAAGUAUCACAUUUUAAUGAGGAAGAUUAUAAUUUUGGUAACGACGACGAAGCAAUCAAUUCCCUAAGUGAAAUUCGUAAAAGAAAUGUUAAAUUGCUAUCCGAGCAAAGUACCAAAUACAGUGGAGUAAUUGUAUCGCGAAAAAAUGACGAUACAUCCGAUGAAGAUGAUGAUGAAUAUAAUGAUAAUGACGGCACCGAUAGUCAGACAAGCGCCGUUGGGACUCCUGAGGAUCAAGCUAUGUUCCACAAAGAUGGUUCGGAGGAGGAUGAACCUGAAAUCAAUAGCGAUGAAGAUCAAGACAGCAAUGAAGAUUUAAGUAGCAAUGAAGAUGAAGAAACUCCAGAGAGUGAAUUGUUUGUUGCCAGAAACAAUAAGCUCGAAGCCGAAAAGGGUGUUUGUGUGCAAAAUCAAUUGUCUAUUUGGGAGAAACUUUUAGAAAUACGAAUUCAUUCACAAAAAAUACUAAACAAGGCAAACAGUUUACCUAAUCCCGAUAAAUUUCAAAAACUUUGCAAUCACAAGGAAUUCAAAGACCCAGCUCAAGAAGUUAAGAAAAAUGCAGAAAUGCUGCUCGAGAAAUUAAUAGAAACCCAAGUUACGCUAGCUAACCAAUUUUCUGAAAUAAAAAAAAUUGGUCUUUCAGCCAGAAAAAGAAGUAAUUCCCGAUCCAAUGAAGGCAGUGAUUCUUCUUUGUCCAAAAAGUAUGCUCCAGCCAUCGAGGACAAUUUCGAAAAGUUUCGCCCUUAUCGCAACGCAGUUCUGCUUAAAUGGGAAGAUCGCACCAAGCUCUUGACGCCAGGAUCGAAAAGAAAACAACUUACCGAUGAAUUUGAUAUUGUUAAAAAAGUCGAUAACGUUUUAAUGAAACGCGAUGAACAAAUCGCCAAGUCGCAAAAACUUAAAGGCACUUAUAAACUAUUUAGUCAAAACCAAACUGAAGAUUCAGAAGAUAAAACCGAUGGCAAAGAAAUAUCUAGUCCACAUAUUUAUGAUGAUACUGACUUCUAUCACUCCCAGCUGAGGGAAUUAAUCGAAUUCAAGUCAAAUGUAUCGUCCAAUGCGUAUGAUGUAACAAAGCAAUUUGCCGAGCUGCAAAAACUACGUCAAAAGAUGAAGAAAAAGGUUGACACCAGAGCCAGCAAGGGUCGCAAAAUCAGGUAUGUUGUACACAACAAACUGGUGAACUUUAUGGCACCCAAUGAUUCAACCGAUUGGACCGAUGAAUCGAAGAACGAACUCUAUCGGUCGUUGUUUGUAACGUAGUUACAGCUGUUUGCGGAAAUAAAUUAAUAUUAAUGUAAAUAACAUGUGUCCCUAUUAAAUUUAACUUAUAAAUUAAGAAGA